AUGUCUGAUCGAAGGCAAACCCCGGCCCCUCCACGACGGUUUCUACCAUCUUCAACCUCGUCGAGCCAUACGUCCGCUACACAACCAUCUUUUCGUAGAACACCUUUUCAAUCCUCCAGGCAGUCUCAAAUCACUCAGUCUGCCUCGCCGUAUACCGUAACCCCACGGUUUUCACGCCCUGGUGUACUGAUUAAGGAUGACAUUGAUUCAAGUCUAGAGGAUCGAGUUGAUGACGGUGGAUUACCCUCAAGCUCUGAAAUUACCACGACAAAGAGUCCUCUGGACUUGAUUGACGCUGGACCUGACUUGGAUUCUGAUCAUGGACCAGACUCUUCGCCUUUGGUUACACGAAUUGCCGAGCAGAGACAUGAGGACCAUGACAAAGGGAAAGGAGAGCAUUGCAAACCCUCGUUUCGACGCCGGUUGAUUAGCACGACCCCAGCUGCCAAAAAGCAAAAGACAUCCCAUCAUCCAGGUGCACAGGCACAGACCGAAGCAAUUGCAGUAUCAUCUUCUCCUGAAUACAGUGAAGUUGAAGGUCUAGAAGAUUCACUUUCCAGUCACAAAGGCUCUCACAGUGCGGCCAGCAUCGACGACGAUCUGGACGAUCCAUAUGACCAACAUGAAACCGCUACCAUUCCUCGAUUUAAAGGCCCUGCUGGCCCAGAACCUUUUCUCAGAUCUACGUUCAGGCCAAAAGCGACAGAUGACCGGGACAAUCAGAGCGCAAGUGAGAUUGUAUUACCUGACAUCUUCUCCCCUUCCAAACGAAGAGGAAAACACGAUUACCUUCCUGGUGGUAAUGCCGAACUUGUCAGGAAUUGGGUUCUUAAUGUUGCUGCCCAUGAAACGCCAUCUCCGAGACCAGGUAGUGAUAUCAUUGUGGUUGACCGCGUUCACAGAGAUAUCAGCAAUCGUUUAUUGACUAUUUACGACGAAGUGGGUGUAGAGUGGCUACUUCCUACUCAACAUGCUGAUUCACGAGUUGGCAAAGGCGCCGAUUUGGCUGCUGUACAUUCUGGGUCUAAGAUCUUGAUCAAAGGACAGGCGACGAACUGGUCGAUUCCAUUCUCAAAACCGAAUGCGAAGGAUUUGUUCGUUGUUGCUCAUUGGGAAAUUCUGACUUGAAGUUUCAGUUUGGACUCGCACAUUCUUCAUCCAGCCUUACGACGGCUGAAUGUCUAUAUCUUUUCGUCUGACAACUCUAGGCUUCGAAAGCCACGCCAACUUUGGAUACUUUCCUUCGUCAGACCAAAUGUUCAUCAAGUCAUGAUGUCAUCGACACCAUUUCAGACUUUUGUGACUGUGAAUCUUCC